UUGCGAGGGGUCAUUUUCAAAAUCAUUUGCGUAACGUAAAUAUGGCGGACGUGACGUCAUCAGCCGCCUUCAUCCGGGGACCGAGACCCUGGACCUUCCCACCUCCCAGUGCCCUUCCAUCAGUAUUUAGUGUUAUUUCCUAUAUUUUCCAGCUGUUUUCAUGCAUAGAGAAGAAUAGAAAGAGGAGGAAAGAAGGAGAAAUGAAGAAGGAGGAGGAAGAAGAGGGAAGGGAAGGAGGAAGAUGAGAAGGAAAAGAAGAAAUAUUAAGAAAAGAUUUUCACUGAAUUUCCAGCGUUUUAAAGAGGAGGAAGGGGAAGAAAGGAGGAUGAGGGUGAGGAAGACGAGGAAGAGGAAGAGGAUUAAAUUUCUUUCAUCUUUCUUAGACAGUCCUCAGGAUGUCAACAUUGUAUAAUGGUACAGUGUUGAGACAGGGACGGUCGCGUUAUAAUUCACUAAUUGAGGUUACUUUUGAUAAAUAAACAACUAGUACGGAGUCUUUUAAGUAUUUUACAUUAUCUUAUACCGGAAAAUAUUAAGGAAAAGUGGCGUAAAUAAGAAAAAAAAGGCAAAGAUUAGAGAUGUGGGAUUUUAUAACUUGUGGUAUCUUAAAAUACUAAUAUAAGAUAAACCCUAUGCAAAACGAAUAAUAUAACCUUUAUUAAUCAUCAUAACCUAGAAAACCGAUAAAUAUAUAUAUAAAAACCAGUGUAAUUAGUAAAAAACAAAAAAACUGUCCCUGGGAAGUGAGACGGCCCACAGAGUCGCGCCAAAAACGUGGAUCUACAGGCCAGGCAUCUUAUGUUUAACCAGGUGUACAAGGUGCUGGCUUUCAAGGGCUCCUCCACACCUACAGACACACGCACACACCACCAGAUACAGGAAGAAUUAAUUGAUGAGCUACAGAACUACACCAUCGUUCAGGUGGCAGCCGGAGACCAGCACUCUCUUGCUCUCACCUCCUGGGGCCUGGUCAUAAACAGUGCACACGCGGGACUGAGUCACUCGGUAAACACAGUGCAGCGGGCCGCGGGUGGCGCCAAGCAGUGCGCUCUGGUGGCCAGGGGACACACUAUGCCUUGCGCGGGAAUUUUAAUAGAUUUUAUCUACGCACGGGGUGACAGUGGGUACGGUCAGCUUGGCGUCAACUCCUGCAACAGUCACACCGCCACACGCAAGCUUGUCAAGAGUCUGGCCAGGAAGGUGACAGUGCAGCUGGCCUGUGGCGCCAACCACACCCUUGCCUUGACUGCUGAUGGUGACAAAAUACCUUCGGCCAGUUGGCACUUAGACACCGACAGGGGCCCCAGAAGGAUCCUGCCCUGGUGACCUCCUUGGCUGGCACCCUCUUAGUCCUGCUGGCCGCUGCGGGUCACCACUCUGCUGCCGUGACCCAGGCCGGCUACCUGCUGUUGUGGGGGUCAAACAAGCAGGGUCAACUGGGCUAUACUCCCAAGGGUGAUCCUCUUGUUAGAUCUUCGCUGGGGGUGACGUCAGCAUGGCCACUGUCAGCAGGGAGAGUGGGGGUGCUGAGGACUUUUGCAGCCCUCCCCUACCCCGACCAAAUGCCCUCUCUCUCACAAUUCAAGAACAUAUGAUUAAGAAACUUCUGUCAAUUGAGGAAGAAGACAUGAUUGAUGACGAUUUGUUUACGUACACAGAGACAGUGUUUGCCUCAGUGUGCGCUUGGAACAGCUCCCUCACGCUUGCUGGCUUGCACAAACACAAACACACACACGGGCUGGACUACCGUUUGGCUGAGGACUGUGUGGCUCAGAUUGGCCGGAUUGCAAGGGAGACCAUCCAGGAAGUGGCGAGUGCGUGCGUUUGUGUGCGUUUCACUGCAUUUUACUGAAGGUUUCCCAGGACAAAACAGGACAAACCGACCUGCUGGCAUUUCACACGCAGAAUCUCACAAGCGUCCACUGAUCCAUUACCGAGCUAAUCCAAACGUAUCCAAACGUCCACAGGUUCGUACUGGCAUUCAAAACGUGGCCAAGAGUCUUCCUUCGCAUCCCCCCAGCCAGGACGCCUUACGCUGUUAUGUCCUUCCCCUGUACAAGGACUUCACUGACCCUAAACAAACGGCCAAACUCCAAACGCCGUAUGCUGAGGGAGUGUUGAAGCUUGGCAAGGAGAUGGCGGAGGUGUUCAGGACUUUACAGUAAGGCUGGUUACUGUGUACACGAAUGUGGUGGUACAAAUACUGAAUUCACCUCACCAGUCUAGCUCUGAGAGACCAGCGUGCCCUUGUGUCUUCCCUGCGGCUGUUGUCCCUGGUCCACGGUCUGAACUUCCAAGCCGGCUGCCGAGUGGGGCGGUUGAACUACGACGACUUUUACAUCCCAGAAAUUGCAGAGAAAAUUGAUAUUAGGAAUGAUUACUUGAACUGGAUGAACAGCAGGCUUCACCCGAUGUCCAGGAGGGAGAGUCCAAUCCUGUUCUGUGAGUAUCCAUUCUUGUUCGACCCUCAGGCCAAGACGCUGCUGCU